AUAUAGUUUGUGGUACUCUAUACUAACCUCAAUUUCGGUACUUCUUAAUUUGAGGUGAGCGUUGUUUUCAUUUGGUGUUAUUAAAAUCGUUAAAAAUGGAUAUUAACAUGAUUGACUUGAUGGAUUUAGAAGAUUUGGACAUGCUGGAGACCACUCGGCGACCUGAUAGACAUCGACAUCGUGUGAAUCCGUUUGAAUUGAGUGACGAAGAUUUUAGGUAUAAGUAUAGGUUCUCAAAACGUUUCGGAGAAAAAAUAGUGGGUAUCUUACGUGAGGAUUUAGUGCACGACCCUCGAGGAUGCCCAUUGAGUCCUGAAAUUCAAGUGGUUUGUGCAUUACGCAACUGGGCUCGCCAUGAAAUUCAAGACGAUACAGCUGGUUUACAUAGUGUGUCUCAACCAGUAGUCAGUAGGACAUGUAAAAAAGUAGCGGAAAUUUUGUCACGGAAUUCCCGAGAAUUUAUUAAAAUGCCUACUACUUUAAAUGAACAACAGGAAACCAUUAGGAAAUUUCGCAGUAUUGCUAAUUUUCCUACAGUAAUUGGCGCAAUUGACUGUACUCACAUACGAGUAAAGAAAGUGAAUGCUGAUGGGGGUCAGUUAUAUAUUAAUAGAAAAGGAUUUUCUUCAAUUAAUGUACAGGUGGUUUGUGAUGCUGACCUGAAAAUCAUGGACAUUGUUACCAGGUGGCGUGGUAAAGAUGUGUUUUCUGGUGAGAGAGAUAGCAUUGAACAAUAUUCAUCUGAACCUAUAGUACAAAGAUAUAUUACACCAUCAAUAAGGGGAAAUAUUAGAAGAAGACAGUUUAUUGAAACUCAUUUUCAGUAGACAUAAUACCCAUUUAUAAAGGAACAUAUUUCUGCAGAGCCGUUGUCAGCUGUCAAAGAAUAACGACUACAUAUUCACCAAUAUGAAAUAAAUUCAGGGGAGUAUUGUGAUAAUAUUUCAUUUAUUGAGCAAAAUGCUUUUAUUUAGGCUAUAAAUGAUUGUGUUUCAGGGAAAGAUGCGGGGUACAGCACAUUCCACAUCAAUAUGAAGCUAUAUUAUAUAAAGAUUUAAGUGCUGUAGAGAUAUAUUUAGAUUUUUUAAUAAAUAUCGUCCCUCCUCUACAUUCACAGCCAGAUUUCCUUUCCAGAGGUGCAAGGGUCCACGGGGAGUAGGACUGUAUGAUAACUAAGUAAAUAGGUUUAGUUUUUUUUAUUAUAGUUUUUUACUAUUGUAUAUUAUAUUUCAUUGUUAUGUAAAUAAAAUGCAUAUUAAUUAUAAUUAUUUAUUUUAAUUAUUAAUAAAAGAUGUACAAAUAUUUGCAGCAAUUAAGUACCUGAAAAUAAUAGUUUCAUAUAUGAGGAUAUUUACAAACAUGUAUCUGAUAUAGUCUCAAAUAUUUUUUUUUUUUUAUAGGAUAAUGAUGAUAAACACAGUCUACCACACACACACACACACACACAGUCCAUCUGAUGUUAAGUAACUGCUGUGGUGCAUAGACGUCCACAUCUAUCCUCGACUACAAAUCAAAAUGCAGAUGCGUUGUCACCCGUGUGGAGUAAGAUGGAAUGCCUCGUUUCCUGUAAAAGAGGUCUCUCUCAUACAAAAUUUGUACAAAAAUUUAUCCAAAAUUUGUCAAUAAACAAGUUUAAAUGUUUUAUUAAAGAAAAAUUUUAUAAAAAGGUUAUUAUAAUAUCAAAGAAUACAUAAAUGAAAAUAUUGGAAAUACUGGAAUUGAGGUGAUCGCCACCAUGGUGGUUCUAUUAAAAUUCAUUUAAAAAUUGUACAAAUAAAAUUAUUGUUAAGAGAAAUAUGUUUAUAAAAAAGUCCCACUGGGUUUCUUACUAGUUCUUCCCAGGACUGAGGUAUUUUCCGAACCAGUGGUAAAUAAAAAAUGUCUUUCAAUAAGUAUUCUGUAAUAAUCUAUAUUUAAUAAAACUCAUUCUAUUCUAUUCUCGUUCUAUAAACUCACCAUAAUAAACACAGCAGCAUUAAGCUGCUAUUUAACUUGUGUUUUUCUGACUUUCUAAUAAAGAUAUUUGUAACUCUAAUUUUCUAAUUUUUAGGUUAGCUAUUUUAAUAUUGUAUUUAUGUUCCUCUUCAAUCAUUUCCAGUUGUCUUUUUUUUAAAUCUGUGUUACUUUUUACAAUUGUUUGGUGUACAUCUUCUCUUCUGUAAAAUGAAAUGGAAUACUUAAUGUAAGUUUUGUAGUUAUUUUAGACAUUUACAAAGUAUUCUAGAGUAAUAAAAGUGCACUUAACCUUGUACACCAAUUAAAGAAAUAUUUUUUAAUUAUUUUUAAAUCAAUUCAUAUUAAACUUUGCUUUUAAUAUUUGAAAACAUGAAACAAUUUUCAGUGUUUAAAUACUAAUUUUCACAUUUUAAAAAGUAUGUAAUGUAUCAGACUAUGUAAUUUUUUCAACAUACCUAUUUUGCAAGCUAUUUUUCCUGUUUUUAAUUUUUGUUAUACCCCUAGUAAUAAUAUCUUUAUUGUUGGUUAUUUUCACCAUUUUGGCACUUUCUUCUGUAUCUGUAGUUGGAUCUAUCUCUAAAAAUUAAUAUAAAUAUAACAGUUUUAGAAAAUUAACAUUUAUAAUAUUUACAAACUUGUAUGCCUAUGAUUGUAACUAUAAUAAUAAUAUAUUUUGCUUUUUAAUAAAUAUUCAAUCAGUAUUAUUUACCUUGCACAUAUACAACAUUGGGUUCUGGAUUUUCUACAUUUUUAACUAUAGCUGUGUCUGUUUUUUCAAAAUUAAGGCGAGGCUUAGGGUCAGCAACUUCUUUUGAUGUUGUAGCCACAGUCACUGGAUCCUAAAAUAAAUCAUUAAAACAUUUAUUAACAUGUUUUCCUGUCACCUGUCACCUCUAUUUUGCCCUUUAUUGAAUCAGGUAUUUUCUAUGUUGUAGAAAUAUUAUUAUGAUCCAAGACAAAAGGUAAUUUAAUAAAUUAUUAAUUAUAAUACCUAAUAGACAAAAAUAGAAAAUUAUAAUCGGACUGUGUAGAUAAUCUAGUAACAUGUGUGUUAUGAUAUUAUAUAGACCACUAUAUAUUAAUUUGUGACAUUUCAAUUUUGAAUAUAAUUAAUUAUAAAGAAAUUUAUGUUAAAUUGUUACUAAGUAUAUUAAAUUUUGAAUAUUCGGAAAAUAAUUUUGGAUUGUAAAUUGUAUGCUUUAAGAGUAGAUUUCAGAGCACUACCUAGGUACUAAAGUAAUGGAAAAUAAAGUUCUUUAAUUUUAAUUAAAUUUGUAAGAC